AUGCCCUCUCACGCACUCACUAUCUACGAUGGCGGUGCCUCGUCGUCAGACGAGCUCACCAUGACCGUCCUUGGCUGUGGCACCAUGGGCAUUGCCAUACUGAAUGGUAUUCUCACUUCUCUACAGGAGAUGCAAGCUCCCAAGCCCUUGCAAACUCCCUCAGGGUCAGGGACUUCCACUCCUCUCCAAGACGAAGUCCCCCGCCGACUACCAUCCCGCUUCAUCGCCUGCGUUCGCCGUCCUGAAAGUGCAAAGAAGGUCAAGAAGGCUCUUUGGGAACACUCGUCCGUUCUCAAGGUUGUCCAGAACGAGAACAUCCCCUCUGUCCUCAAGUCCGACGUCAUCCUCCUUGCCUGCAAGCCGUACAUGGUCAAGGAUAUCCUGAGCGAGCCUGGCAUGGCCCGCGCCCUGCAUGGCAAGCUCCUUGUCUCCGUCUGCGCGGGCGUCACCGAGGCCGACCUCGAGGAGAUCCUCCACGGUGUAGCGCCCACCAAGAGCCCAGAGGAAGACGGCCGCUGCCGCGUAAUCCGAGCUGUUCCCAACACCGCCUCGCUGAUCCGCGAGAGUAUGACCGUCAUCGGCACCUCGACCUGGCCUCUUUCCCCCGAGAUCUCCAGCCUGGUUACUUGGAUCUUCAGGCGCAUUGGUGAUGUGGUUUAUCUCCCUCCUAAUAACAUGGACGCCAGCACCGCGCUGUGCGGCUCUUGCCCCGCCUACUUCGCGCUCAUGCUUGAGUCUGCCAUUGACGGAGCUGUUGCCAUGGGUCUCCCCCGUGCCGAGGCCACGAGAAUGGCUGCCCAAACGAUGAGGGGAACUGCCGGCAUGGUCCUCAAUGGCGACCACCCUGCGCUUCUCCGGGACAAGGUGACCACUCCAGGCGGCUGCACGAUCGGAGGCUUGAUGGUGCUGGAGGAGGGUCGUGUUAGAGGCACAAUUGCACGUGCGGUGCGUGAAUCAACUGUCGUCGCUAGCCAGCUCGGCCAGGGCGUACAGGGCGUCAACGGCACUCGUUUCCCUGCGCAAUCCGGGUUCCCCAGCUUUUAA